GCCGGGGCCGCUCCCCACGGGCGCGGGGGUCCGCGGGGGUUCCGUGGGGAGGGGGCCCGUGGGGAGGGGGCGCCGUGGCGGGGCGGUGCUGAGGCGGCCGGGAAAAGCCGCGGGGACACGCGGGGACAGUGCCCCGUCCCCGAGUGGGGCGGCAGCCCGGACACCCCGUGUCCAGGCGCGGUGGCCGCGGCCGGGCCCGUCCGUGCGACACGCGUGGGGACCAGAGGAGACCCCCGGCUCGAGGGGAGCGGGGGGCUCCUGUGACCGCACAGGGACCGCGGUGGGGACCUGCCGUGUCCCCGUGUCCCGCGCGUGCUCUCCGUGUCCCCAUCCCUCCUGUGUCCCCCGUCCCCCCUCGUCCUGGGACCGUGUCCUCUCCAUGCCGUGUCCCCUCUCUUCUCAUGUCACCCGUCCCUCCUCGCUUCUCCAUGUCCCCUGGCUCCCGUGUUUCCCGUGUCCCUCCACGUCCUCGUGUCCUCAGUGUUGUCCCCAUGCGCCCCCCAUCCCCCGUGUGUCCCCUGUCCCCUGUGCACUCCCCUUGUCCACGCUGUGUCCCCGUGUUUCCCAUCCCGUGUGCUCCCCUUGUGCCUCGUGUCCCCUGUCCUGUGUCCCCUCCGUCCCCCCACUGUCCCCGUGUCCCACUCUCCCCUGUGUGUGUCCCCUGUCCCUGCUGUCCCCUCCCCUUCCCAGCUCCUCUCUUCUUUCCCCGAAGCCACCGCAGCUUCUCCUUUCGGGGCUCGGGUGCCGCCCCCGGCCCCCGCGGGGCGCAGAGCUGGGGGGGCCUCGCCCCCUCCGGGCCCCGAAAGCGGAACCGGGGCUCCCGCGGGGGCCGUGCGGGCCGGUUCCUCUUUCGGGGUGACGCGGUGCCCGCUGCUGUCCCAGGCAUGGAGCCCCCGCGGCGGGUGCGCCUCAAGCCCUGGCUGGUGGCCCAGGUGAGCAGCCGGCGCUUCCCGGGGCUGCGCUGGCUCGACCCCGAGCGCCGCCGCUUCGUCAUCCCCUGGGGACACGCCACCAGGAACCCCCCGGGGCCACAGGACCACGACACCAUCUUCAAGGCGUGGGCGCAGGAGACGGGCCGGUACCGGGCCGGGGACCCGCCGGACCCGCCGCGCUGGAAGGCCACGCUGCGCUGCGCCCUCAACAAGAGCCGCGAGUUCCGGCUGCUGGUGGACGGGCCCCGCGGCUCCCCGGCCCAGCCCUUCCGCAUCUACGAGCUCUGCGAGGAGCCCCCCGGGGCCGCAGGUACGGGGGGCGCUGGGGAGGCCUUUGAGCGGCCCCCGACGUCCCAGCACCCCACAAGGACCUGGCAUCCCCCAAUGACUGACCUGGAGCUGAAGUUCCAGUACCGGGGCCGCCAGGUGUGCGCCCUGACCGUCAGCAACCCGCACGGCUGCCGGCUGUUCCACAGCAGCCUGGAGCCCACGCGGGAGCAGGAGGAGCUCUUCGGGCCCCUGACGCUGGAGCAGGUGCCCUUCCCUGCUCCCGACGCCAUUCCCAACGAGAAGCAGCGCUUCUACACGCACCAGCUGCUGGACGUGCUGGACCGCGGGCUCAUCCUGGAGCUCCAGGGCCAGGAUCUCUUCGCCCUCCGGCUCUGCCAGUGCAAGGUCUUCUGGACGGGGCCCUGCGCCGCUCCCCAGCCGGGCCCCAACCCCAUCCAGAGGGAGACGAGGACCAAGCUCUUCAGCCUCGAGGGCUUCCUCAACGGCCUCAUCCAGUUCCAGAAGGGGCAGACCCCCACGCCGCCCCCCUUUGAGAUCUUCCUCUGCUUCGGCGAGGAGUGGCCGGACCAGAAGCCCAAGGAGAAGAAGCUGAUCACGGUGCAGGUGGUGCCGGUGGCGGCGCGGCUGCUGCUCGAGAUGUUCUCCGGGGAGCUCUCCUGGUCGGCCGACAGCAUCCCGCUGCAGAUCUCGCACCCCGACCUCAAGGACAGGAUGGUGGAGCAGUUCAAGGAGCUGCACCAGCUGUGGCAGAGCCACCAGCGGCUGCCGCCGGCGCAGCCCCUGCCCGGCCCCUCGGCGGGGCCCUGGGCGCUGCCGCCCGGCCCCCUGCCCCACUGACAGGGACACGGGGACAGCCGUGGCACUGCCAGCCGGGGUGAGUCACGCCGUGGCCAUCUCGGCUGGUGGGGCCGGGGCCACCCAGCACCAUCCUCAUCCCUGUCCCUGUCCCCAUGCCUGUCCCCCCAGAGCUGCCAGUGACCAGCACUGGGGUGCUCUGCAGGGGAAGGGGAGUGUGACCCCCCACCCUGGGGCAGCUCUGCGCCCCUCCCUGCAUUGCCAGGGAUAAUCCCCCCGAGAUUUUCAGGGCAAACAGCAAGAAAACAGGGGCUGGAGCCACCUUGGACCUGGAGCCCCCAGGGAUGGGGGGUACCCAGCGCUGGGGAGGGCACAAAGCAGCCCCAGCCCUGGGAGGAGAACCAGAGGGACCUUGGGAGGUUUUAAUUUAUUUUUUCAGUUUUUUGUUGUUUUUUAUUGUUGUCGAGAUGGCUACACACCCCCGGAGGGAACCGCAUGCGCCCGCCCGCCCUGCCCGCACUCGAGCCACCGCCUCCUACCCCAAAAUCAAACCAAAGAAAACCCCGAAAAAGGAAAAAAAAAAAACAGAAAAAAACCAAACAAGAAAACAAACAAAAAAAGCAGAACAAAAUAAAAUAUAAAUCUCUAUUUGCAGA